AUGUACAGUUGGACCGUAACGAAAGACCUGGAUUAUUUCUCGAAGUUCCCUAUCAUGAAUAAAUCAACAGCACAAAAGCAAGGCCGAGAGCAGGAACGAAAGGCUCGUUUACACUUUGCCGACUUUGUUGACAAACAUGUGGGCGCAGAUAUACUAGAUGGCUCUACCUCUGAGUUUGACGCAAAACUUGCGAGUUUUGGGAAUAUGCUGAAGAAGCAUAUGUUGAGCUUAGAUGGCUCUUGA